GAGUGAGCGAGCAGGAGUUAUCCAAGCGGUGCGAGGGGGACCCGACAGAGCCCGAACACUGCGCUGUAACGGGAGAUCGCACUAGUUGCGACACGGGGCUGAAUGAAGACCAACAGAGGGGCAACCUAACAUUCCUCACAGUUCUUGGUUUUAUGCCAUUAUGGUUAGAAACGGCGUUCCUGUGAUUAUUAAGCUACUAAAAUGCUGUUAGAAUUUGGACCUGGAUUCCGUGGAAGAAAGCUCCGCAUUUAACUGAACCCAAUAUUUUUCCUCUCCAUCGACUGACUUAUGAGAAGCUUUUUUUCACAACCAGCAAAGAAUACACUUGGGGUUUUAUUCAUAAUAACAAACAAACAAAAACCACAGAGAACUUCAUGUCUGUUAAACAUAUUAUAUAUAUGUUUUUUUUUUUUCGAAUGACAUUUGACCUUGUGAGGUUUUUGGCAGACGGCUGGUCAUCUGUGGGGAUUUUGGGAUUUAAACUUCUGUGAACGACUGCUUCAUUUUAAUAUGUGGAAUUCACUGGACCACGUAUUUAAAGAUAACUUUUAACAGAAUGCCUUGAAAUAAGGAUCUCCAGCAGAGUGAUAAGUGAUCCACCUCCGCGAUAUUUGAUUUGAUUAAAAAAAAAAAAACACGUUUUUAAAUCUAAGCACACGAUCAACCUAAAGCUCAGUUUGAACUCUGAACGUAGAUUCUUUCAGCACUGCCAAACUGUAUUUGGAAACCAGUCUUUACCCCACAGCUUGCUUGCUAACAGUGAGAACAGGAGAGAAGAUCUUAUCACAACUGAACUGAAAUUUCUCAGUUGAAAGGCAAGUGUACUGAUUCAGCUAUUUUUCAGCAAACAUUACUUUUAUUAACGACUUUUUUUUUAAUUAAACUAAAAUCACUCAGGGGAUUAGAAAAAAGCACUCCAUCUUGCAAUCAUGAGGAAAUCAAAUCGCAGAAGUUGCAGAUUCUCUGCAGUGCUUGGAAGAAGUGGAAACUCGUUUAGACAGAUUUAAAGAAGAGCUUCUGUGACAGACUGCCACCUCCAUCACUUAUCCCUAUACAAUAUUAUCAGCAGACUGGCACCUGUCCCUCCUCCCAGACUAGCUGUUAGUGUGACAGUCCAGCAUGGCUUCUCGGAGUGAGCAGACAUGUUUUCCCAUCACCAGUGGUGGUCCCAUCGAUGUUAACAACAACAACAGCUUCUUCUGCAACCAGAGUUGGCAUAAGACACCUCCCUAUUCCCCCGAAGCCACUGCUGUCUUCGCCACGGUGGUCACCUUUAUGAUCCUCUUCACGAUCUUUGGGAACGUCCUGGUGAUUAUCGCCGUGCUGACGAGCCGUUCCCUGAAAGCCCCGCAGAACCUCUUUCUGGUCUCGUUGGCCGCCGCUGACAUCCUGGUCGCCACCCUGAUCAUCCCCUUCUCUCUGGCCAAUGAGCUGAUGGGCUACUGGUACUUCAAGACGGUGUGGUGCGACAUCUUCCUGGCCCUGGAUGUCCUGUUCUGCACCUCCUCCAUCGUCCACCUCUGCGCCAUCAGCCUGGACCGCUACUGGUCUGUCUCUCAGGCCAUUGAGUACAACUCCAAACGCACCCCUCGCAGGAUCAAGUGUGUCAUCCUGAUCGUGUGGCUCAUUGCUGCCUUCAUCUCCUUCCCUCCCCUGAUAUCCAUGAACAAGAAGAAGGCCCAGCCCGGGGAGGAUGCGUACCCUCUGUGUGAGCUCAACGAUGAGAAGUGGUACAUCCUCUCCUCCAGCAUCGGCUCCUUCUUCGCCCCCUGCGUUAUAAUGAUCCUGGUCUACAUCCGGAUCUACCAGAUCGCAAAGCAGAGGACCAGGCAGCUGCCUGGGGACCACGCCAAGGCCGGGGCUGAGAUGCAGAAGCAGGCCAGCAUGGAGGACAAGAUCGAUAUGAAGCCCGACACCAACCAAAACGGGCACCACCAUGACCAGCACCUCAAACUGAGCUCCUCGCCAGCACAGAACGAAACUGUGGUGCUGCAAAACGGGCACCAGCGAAGCCCCUCCUUUCCUCCAACCCAUCUCCGGGUGCCCACUCCAGAAAUCCAACUACAACAACAGCCCCCAGUGCCUUCUCUCCUUUCUUACUCUCCGAAGGGGGGUUCAAUGAAACUCCAGGAAGCCCCCAGACCUUGCACCGAACUGGGGUGCCUUUCUGCAGGGGGCCAGCAGGCAAGCACAGGGAGCGGAGUUGGAAGAAAGGGAAGGCGGCGUCAGGUGGUGACCCCCAAUAAAAAAGGGGAGAACUUGGAUGAUUCCACUUCCAGUUCAGAGCCAGGCGACGCCGACCUUGUCCAGGGAAUUAACGGGAGAAACAGGAACAUUGUGCAUGAUGGAGGUAAUGGCGGUAUCUCCCCAGGCAAUGACACAGUCGAGGGCACCUCACCAACCCCCAUCAAAAUGGGGGACACCAUCGCCACAGCCAGAGGGGAGAUCAUCCUGGUGAGCAAACAGGCUACCCUGAGCGCCAUCCGCCGCAAAGCCAUGCAGAACCGGGAGAAGAGGUUCACUUUUGUGUUGGCAGUGGUGAUCGGGGUGUUCGUUGGCUGCUGGUUCCCAUUCUUCUUCCUCUACAGCUUGACGGCCAUCUGCCCUGCUACCUGCCAGACCCCAGAUGCCGUCUUCAAGUUCUUUUUCUGGAUCGGCUACUGCAACAGCUCCCUGAACCCCGUGAUCUACACCAUCUUCAACCAGGACUUCAGGAGGGCUUUCAAGAAGAUCCUCUGCAAGGGAAACAUCAAGGGAACCUUUUGUUGACAGUUUUCUGCCGAUAUGAAACCUUAUUGUUCACCCAAGCUAUGCCGACAGUCGUCUAUCUGAUCUGCAACCUAUCAGAAGGCCAGUAAAGAGAAUAUUAUCGUUAUGUUUUAGUGUUCAAAGAAUGACAGAUGCAUCUCCAUAAUUAGACCUUUUUUGUGACAGCUGGUUGGUUAAGCUUUUACUCUAGGAGACAGUGGUACACAGAACAGAAUGUAGAUGAGAGAGAAUGUAGAUGCUUUUCUGGAAAGAAGGGGACGUGUGUGUUGUGAGGGUGCCCUGGAGACUGUGCUUCAUGCAUGUGCUUCAUGCAUUCGAAACCUGUUUUAAGGAGAGCUGUUUUUUUUAUUUUUCUCUAUUUGGAAUUACAUUGUAGAUGAAAAGUUGCUGCUGUGGCUUCCUGGUACCUAAUCAUGUGUUGUAACUGAAAUUCACAUCAUUGGCCCAGCUGCAAUCAUCAGACCAUGUGAUCAUCAGCUGUUUAUUAAUCAUUUUAAACAUUUUUUUAAAUUUUACUUAUCCUUAAUUUACAUUUAAAAAACAAAGUGAAAUAUAUACUAUCUAUCUAUCUAUCUAUCUAUCUAUCUAUCUAUCUAUCUAUCUAUCUAUCUAUCU